CACUAGACUAAAAGGGGCUAAAUUAGCGAGCUGGACAGGGCUCGCAGCGGCCCCAGUUAGUUACCGUUAUUGUUCUGGGCGCCGGCGCACACAAUUAUCUCGUCGAAGGAUACAAGAAAGAACGACAUUAAUCGCCCUUAUUGUCCCCUUUCCAUCACCAGGACAAUCCCGACCGUCAAAAUGGCCACCGAGAGAUCCAACGUCUCCAACGACCUGAUCUGGCAGAUCACCCGCAACCAGAAUGCUUUUCUGGUCAAGCGCCCCAGCGCCGGUGGUGUCCAGUUCUCUCGUGACCCUCUGAACCUGAUCAACAAGAACUCCUUCAAGUACGCUGGUUAUUCCAACAACAAGGCUGUUGGUGUCCAGCCCACCGAGAAGGGCGGCGUUGUCUUCAUCUCCAAGACUUCUGGCAAGCCCCAGCAACCUGCUCAGAGCAUCAACACCGUCACUUGGGGCCCUAACGCCUCCAACCGCAAGAUCUACAAGGGUGUCGCCAACAACACUGCCAAGAACGGCUACCGUGCUGACCUCCGCGAGGAGGCUGUUGCCCGUGUCAGCGCCAUCCGUCGCUCCCAGCGCACCAAGAAGGUGUCUCCUCCUUCCAAGGUCCGGGGAGCCAAGGCCAGAGCCGCCGAGAAGGAGUCUGCGUAAACACAUUUUCAACCGACCGUCAAAACAAUCCGAGAAAAGGAAAAAAUCCAGCGGAAGGGUGGCAUAUUCAGGGAAGUCACCAGGCUGGCUGUUACUGGGUCACGUCCCUCUAGGGGUGGUGUAAUGGAACGAAAGGCGACAAGACAUGCCUUGAAUCUAGUCUCAGUGUGACUUAGAUAUUGUCCUGUUGGGUCCUCAUUGUCGGUGUCUGGGCGAAAAUCCAGUGUCUUCUUUUUUGUUCUUCCGUCAC